AUGGCCUUGCCUAAGAGGAUCAUCAAGGAGACGGAGCGGCUGAUGGCUGAACCUGUCCCCGGCAUCAGCGCCAUUCCCCACUCCGACAACCUGCGAUAUUUUGACGUCGAGAUCUACGGGCCGUCACAGUCUCCGUACGAGGGUGGCGUCUUUAAGCUAGAGCUGUUCCUGCCGGACGACUACCCCAUGACACCGCCAAAGAUCCGUUUUCUCACCAAGCUGUACCAUCCUAACGUUGACAAGCUGGGACGCAUUUGUCUGGACGUCUUGAAGAACAACUGGUCCCCUGCCCUGCAGAUUCGCACCAUCCUGCUGUCCAUCCAGGCCCUUCUGGGCGCCCCCAACCCCGACGACCCACUGGCCCCCGAUGUUGCCAAGGCCUGGAAAGACAACGAGAAGGCCGCAGUGGAAACUGCGCGUGAGUGGACACAGAAGUACGCGAUCCCGAAGCCGCAAUAA